UCGUCGGUCCCGUGUAGCAAUUCAGAUGUGGCAACCCUGCCUCAGGCGGUGUGUAAACAAACAAGAUGUCCGCGGACGAGUACUUCUGCGCUAAAGGUUCUCUGAAAAUUAAGGGUGUCGAAGAUUCAGGGAUUAAAAAAAAGAAAAAGAAAAAGAAGAAGGAUAUUGAAAAGCAGAUGGAGGCAAGCAUUCGGCGAGAGACAGAGACUCCCAGUGAGCCCACAUCUUCAACACGCACAAUGACUCAAGCUGAGCAUAGAUUUAUGGAACGACGGAGAAAAAUGGAAGCUGAUCGGAUUUUGAAAAAGGCAAGCAAGACUCACAAAGAAAAGGUAGAAGACUUCAAUCGUCACUUGGACUCCCUCACAGAACACUUUGAUAUCCCUAAAGUGUCAUGGACUAAGUGAAGCAUACAUGUCUAUUUGGUUUCACAUAGUGUGAUAUUUAGUAUAAGGUUUAUUUUAAGUUCUUCUCUAUUUGUCAAAUAAAUGUUUGUACACUCA